AUUCCUCUCUCCUCCAUAAAAGACUCCUCAGUGUUCACUCUCUUUCUCACCCACUUACUCUCUCACAGACAGUACAAACAACCCCAGAAAUACAGCAAGCAAAAUUAAAACAACUCACUUUCUCACCUGCUCUGUUUCUCUCCGAACCAGAACCAGAGCAUGGAGCGCCUAGCUUUCUCUUGCCUCUUCCUGUUCAUUUCUCUCCUCGCAUUCGCAGAUGCGGGUUCCAUAGGAGUGAACUAUGGUAGAAUCGCAAACAACCUUCCCCCAGCAUCAAAGGUUGUGUCGCUUCUCAAAUCUCAGGGUCUAAAUCGGGUCAAGGUCUUCGACUCCGACCCGGCGGUUCUCAAUGCCUUAUCCGGAUCCGGCAUCAAAGUCACCGUGGACCUCCCAAACGGGCUCCUUUUCGCCGCCGCCAGAAGCAAAUCCUUCGCCUCCACAUGGGUCCAGAAGAAUGUCGCUGCCUACCACCCCUCAACACAAAUCGAAGCCAUUGCUGUAGGAAACGAAGUCUUCGUCGACCCAAACAAUACAACCCGUUACCUCUUACCCGCAAUGAAAAACCUUCAUGACGCUCUCGUGAAGUACAACUUCAAUAAUGACAUCAAAAUCUCUUCCCCUAUAGCUCUCAGCGCACUUCAAAACUCUUACCCUUCUUCAGCCGGGUCUUUCCGACCCGAACUAGUAGAGUCCGUUUUCAAGCCCUUGUUGGGUUUCCUUCGCCAAACUGGGUCGUACCUCAUGGUUAAUGCCUACCCAUUUUUCGCUUACGAGUCGAACGCCGACGUCAUCUCCUUAGACUACGCUUUGUUCCGUGAAAACCCGGGCGUAGUGGAUGCGGGUAAUGGGUUAAGAUAUUUUAGCUUAUUCGACGCUCAAAUCGACGCUGUUUUUGCUGCCAUGUCAGCUUUGAAAUACGACGAUAUCAAGGUCGUUGUAACGGAAACGGGUUGGCCUUCUAAAGGAGACGAAAACGAAGUAGGCGCGUCGGUUCCAAACGCUGCAGCUUAUAACGGAAAUCUGGUCCGUCGGAUUUUGACUGGAGGUGGGACCCCGUUGAGACCCAAGGCAGAUCUGACCGUUUAUUUGUUCGCUCUUUUCAACGAGAACAACAAGAACGGUCCCACAUCGGAGCGUAACUACGGGCUGUUUUACCCUACUGAGGAGAAAGUUUACGACAUACCGUUUACCGUGGAGGGAUUGAAGAACUACCACGACACGCCGCGGACACCCGUGCCCGGUAACCAACACGCGAGAACACCGGUGAACGGUAGCGGAGGCGGAGGCGUGUCGAAGAGUACGUCAGGGAACACGUGGUGCGUGGCGAAGGGUGAUGUGGGGAAAGAGAAGCUGCAGAUGGCUCUAGAUUAUGCUUGUGGUGAGGGUGGUGCUGACUGCCAUCCGAUCCAGCCAGGUUCCACGUGUUAUAGUCCUAAUACUGUUGAGGCCCAUGCUUCGUUCGCGUUCAACAGUUAUUAUCAGAAGAAGAGCCGUGCCAUGGGUACUUGUUACUUUGGAGGAGCGGCUUAUGUGGUCACUCAACCCCCUAGAUAUGGAAGUUGCGAGUUCCCCACGGGAUACUGAAGCCAAAAAAGGGCAUGCAGGGAUUGGUUGGUUUAGAAGAAAGAUAUUGUGCUUGCUGGUUUAAAUUUUUUGGGGUUUCUUCUGUAGUUAUUGUUAGACAAUUAACUUCACUACAUCUGUAAUUAACUGUCCCAAUAUUUAUUACUAUUGCUUUCCUUUCUAAGUA